AAAUAAACGUGUGUUCCUGGUGAAUGCACCCGUCCACAAAAAAGCAGAAUGCGUGAAUGCAACAAGGAAAUUAAAAUAACUAAAAUAAAAGCUGAGGCUGUAUGCCAGCUGCUGCGUCAACAAAAAUAGGCAUUCUCCGGAGUAGAUGCCGGUUCGGAAAUCGGCAAUGUCAUGGCACAGAGGCUCGGCUCACUGGCUAGUGUCCCGACUCGCUUAUAUUGUGCAGCUGCCCCCCCACACCACCGGAUCCAUGCAUAACCAUCUGACCCACCUAUAUGUGCCCGCGGGGCGUUCAGACAGACAGGAUGACGGUGUCAAAGCCGGCGGUUCUGGCAGUAUGGUUGCCUCAUUUCUCCUGCGCACUGCCAGCGCCGGCAACCCCAGCAUCUCCAGCCAACCCCUGCGUGUCUCGCCAUCACUAGUCCCCUGGUCCAUGUACGCCAUAUACACAGUUUCACCUUUAAAAUUACACUUUGCAGAUACGACAAGGAAAAAAAUAACUACAGGCUGGUAAAGGAAAGAAACCAUGUCUACCACACCCGAGGAGGUGUUUUAAUUUCACCCUCAGCUUUUCCUUCCAUGCCUGCUCCCUGGAAAAAUGACACGCGCCUGCUGC